CAGGAAGUGUUGCGCGACACUGAGUUAGGUACGCGACGUUAUCUCGUUAGAGUCGACUUUUUAAAUGGACUAUGGCGGAACCUGAGAUUGUGAUUGAUUGGGGAGGAAGUGCCGCCCGAGAAGUGGAUGUUUUGGUGAAGAUGAGACCUCUUUUGACGAACGUCCACGUUGGUCUUCCCCCCCCUCUGGUGGACCCUGUGAGGAUGUCUCUCAGUGAUGGAGACUACCAGUACUACCAUUACGGCUGUGAUGGGCAAGAUGACAGAGGAUGGGGGUGUGGAUACCGCACCGUCCAGACGAUGUCAUCCUGGUUGGGCCACAACUUGAAGGUCCAAAAAAGACCUCCCCCGAGCAUCCAGGAGAUCCAGCAAGGCUUGGUCUCCAUGAUGGACAAGCCAGGCUCCUUUCUCGGCUCCAAGGAGUGGAUUGGGACAUUUGAAGCAUCUCUGGUCCUGGAUUAUUUUUACAAUGUCUCCUGUAAAUUGGUGCAUGUCAGAGGCGGCGGGUUGGAGUUGGAGGAUGUCGCCGUGGAAGAGCUCCAUCAGCACUUGGACAAGCACAGAUGUCCUGUCAUGAUGGGAGGGGACAGGGACAACUCGUCUAAAGGCAUCUUGGGUGUGUGCACUGGGAACAGUGGAAGUUACCUGCUGGUUGUUGACCCUCACUACUAUGGAGGUUCACUGGAGAGGGCAGAGGCACAACGGCAAGGCUGGGUGGCGUGGAAAAGCGUGUCGUCUUUGGAUCAGUCUUCUUUUUAUAAUCUCUGUUUGCCUCAGACUGGCACAAAAGUCACUUAACUAUAUUCUGUACUGACAAAAUAAACUUUGUCUGUCAGUUGGGGGGUCGUAACACCAGUGUUUGUGCCUAAUCUGAAGUAGAGCUGCACGAUUCUGCACACAAAUCACAAUUUUCUGAUGGUUUUAUCCACGCACACACCAUGUUCAUGGCCACGUGCUUUUGUUUCAAAGAAAUCACUUUGCUUUUUAUUAUCAUCCAUUUUAUGGGACUUCGGAUUGUUUGAAACUUCCAAUGGUCUUUCUGACGUUCUGAUUGAUGCAGGUGGACUUUUAAAAUAGAAAUGAACAAAAUAAUCCAUCACAUCAAAGACAUGGUACGCCCGCUUACCCCACAGUACGUUCAUGUACAAAAGAAAAGAAAAGUCAAUUCAUUCAUGUCAUUAAUUCUCCUGUGAGCUGAUGACAAAGGCUUUUUGUCUUUGGCAGGAGUGUUGAAUGGCACAAGCGAGGCCUCUUGCAGCAAUUUUUAUUUUCAUUAAAAAAUUUAAAAAAAAAAAGACACUGAGGGUUAUGGGGCAAAAAUGUCAAGGGGUAGACUCAAAAAGCUAAGCCAGAGGGUUUGACAGACGUUUGUCUGGUGCUUUUUUACAUUUUGAUGCUCUACUUACAAUUUGGUUACAGGUUACAAUCCAGUCGUGUUAAAGGAAAACUGCACUUUUUUUGGAAUUUUGCCCAUCAUCCAUAAUCCGUAUAUGAGACAUGAACACAUAUGUCUUUCUCUUUUCUGUGCGUUCUAAAAAUAUAAAAAGAGACAGCUCAGUUCUGCAGAUAAUGGCCAAUGCCGCCUAUUAAAACACCUACAAAAACCAACAGCUUUUUGUGGUUUUAUAUACAUGCUGCGAUUAUAUAGUAACGGGUACAUACAUGUAAUACUUACAGUAUUUUGGCCAUUCUAAGCAUUACCGGAACUUCAGCGUACCUCAAUGUAUGCAUUGAUUUCACGUAGCAAUAUAGAAACAAACUUUUCCAAACUCAGAAAUAAAAACACAGCAGUCAGUGGCGACAGCUCAAAUAUGUCGCCUUAUCUUUUUAUGGUCUGCGGCGUUGUGAGAGCGAAGCUGAUGCGCGGUGGCCCCGAGUCUGUGGUGAAGCUAGUCGCUAGCCGGCGAGUAGCUAUCGGUGUGUUAUGGCUAUGUGUCAAUACACCAGUAAUGUUCGAUCGGCGUAUCAAUGUUAAUAGUAAUGUGGCUGUAGCUUUGUUAUAUGCACGUCACAUUAUAUGUAAAUGGGGCAUUGUUGGCGCUUUUUUGAGUAUUUUUCUGAAGGCUUAAUUGGCGGAAUAAGUGGGUCACAUACGUGCAGUACUGAGCUUUCUGUUUUUAUUUGUUUUUAUAUCUUUGGAACACACAGAAAAGAGAAAGUCGUGUUCAUGUCUCACAUAAGGAUUGUGGAUGAUGGGCAAAAUUCCAAACAAAGUGCAGUUUUCCUUUAAAUGCAAAUACUUACGUUCGACAUUAACAUUUUGUUCAGGAGUACAUUAACGCUGGUAACUAUUGUGUGUUUGUGUUAGGGUGGGCGUGUCGAUAAAAAUAUCAACACUGUCGAUACCAACGGUAAUUCGGCUAGUGUAAUGAUGAAAUUAUAUUUUUCAAUUGUCUUCUGUUUAGUUUCACAAAUAUCUGUCUUUUGUGUUGGUACAUUGUUGACAUUGUUAUAUAUUGUUCUCAAAUUCAUUAUUGGACACAGGAGGGCUGGGGGGGACAAAGGGUUCGAAUGAGAGCCAAUAGUAGUUUUUGAUUUUGUUUACUUAUUUUGCAGUAUUGACUUAAUUUUGUCAAACAAUUGUAAAAUAAAAUAAUUGUAUUUGUUUGUUAAUAUUGUUACCGAGUCUUAUAUUGGAUUUAUAUACUAUAUUAUUCAAUUGUUGAUAAAAGUUUGCUGGUAAAAAUAUAUCUUUUG